GCCGCCGCCGCCGCCGCCGCCUCCGCCUCGCCUGACGCCGGGGUUUGUAUGAAAACACCGGGCGGUGGGCGGCGCGGAAUCCGCUGUGCCUCCAGAAAGCAGCCGGUGGCGCUGCCGUCGCCGCGUCGGGUGCUGCGGCUCUGCCCAGUCCCUGCCAGCGCCCCGUCCUGACCCGAUUGUCUGCAAUGAUGAAAUGAAGUAAGUCAAGAUGAGCAAGUUAAAAGUGAUAUCAGAAAAAAGCCUUACCAAUAAUUCUCGGAUUGUGGGACUCCUGGCUCAGCUGGAGAAGAUCAAUACUGAAUCUACAGAAUCAGAUACUGCCAGAUAUGUUACAUCAAAAAUUCUUCAUCUGGCUCAAAGUCAAGAAAAGACAAGAAGAGAAAUGACAGCCAAAGGUUCUACAGGAAUGGAAGUUCUACUAUCAACUCUAGAGAACACGAAAGAUCUUCAAACUACACUUAAUAUCUUAAGCAUUCUUGUUGAGCUGGUGUCAGCUGGUGGAGGUCGAAGAGCGAGUUUCUUGGUUGCUAAAGGUGGUUCACAAAUAUUGUUGCAGUUACUUAUGAAUGCCAGUAAAGAAUCUCCCCUGAAUGAGGAGUUGAUGGUGCAAAUUCAUUCUAUUCUUGCAAAGAUUGGACCUAAAGACAAAAAAUUUGGAGUGAAAGCUAGAAUUAAUGGAGCUCUGAAUAUAACCCUGAAUUUGGUCAAACAGAAUUUGCAGAAUCCUCGCUUGGUUUUACCUUGUCUUCAGCUUUUACGAGUAUAUUCUGCCAACUCUGUGAAUUCAGUAUCCUUAGGGAAAAAUGGAGUUGUGGAGCUGCUGUUUAAAAUCAUUGGACCAUUUAGUAAGAAGAAUUCGGGUCUCAUGAAGGUUGCUUUAGACACUCUUGCUGCAUUGCUAAAAUCAAAAACAAAUGCCAGAAGAGCUGUAGACAGAGGAUAUGUCCAAGUCCUUUUAACAAUUUAUGUAGAUUGGCACCGCCAUGAUAACCGACACAGAAACAUGCUCAUUCGAAAAGGAAUUUUACAGAGUUUAAAAAGUGUUACAAACAUCAAGUUGGGAAGAAAAGCAUUUAUAGAUGCCAAUGGAAUGAAAAUUCUGUAUAAUACUUCACAAGAAUGUUUGGCAGUCAGGACCCUUGAUCCUCUUGUCAACACCUCCAGUCUGAUCAUGAGGAAGUGUUUUCCUAAAAAUCGCCUGCCACUCCCAACGAUUAAAAGUUCUUUCCAUUUCCAGUUGCCAGUUAUUCCUGUGACGGGGCCUGUGGCCCAGCUCUACAGUUUACCCCCUGAAGUGGAUGACGUAGUAGAUGAAAGUGAUGACAACGACGAUAUUGACUUAGAAGCCGAAAACGAAACUGAAAAUGAAGAUGACGUAGAUCAGAAUUUUAAGAAUGAUGAUAUUGAAACGGAUAUUAACAAACUAAAACCUCAGCAGGAGCCUGGACGAACGAUAGAAGAACUUAAAAUGUAUGAACACCUUUUCCCUGAGCUUGUUGAUGAUUUUCAGGACUAUGAUUUAAUCUCCAAAGAACCAAAGCCUUUUGUAUUUGAGGGAAAAGUACGCGGGCCUAUUGUUGUUCCUACUGCGGGAGAGGAAGCAUCUGGCAAUCCAGGCAAUUUAAGAAAAGGAAUUGUAAGGACGAAUGUGUCUCCUAAAGCAGAUGAAAGUGAUAAGAAACCUACCUGUGUGGAUCUGGCAAAAGAAGAUACUAAAGAUAAUGACAGAACAUCACAACAGCAGCUAGGUGAUCAAAACAGAACUAUAUCUUCGGCCCAGGGCUUAAACAAUGAUAUUGUAAAGGCCUUGGACCGAAUUACUUUGCAGAAUAUCCCUCCUCAGACAGCCCCAGGUUUUACUGCAGGAGCGAAGAAGGACUACAGUCUCCCUCUUACUGUCCUCACGUGCACUAAAGCUUGUCCACACAUGGCCACUUGUGGAAAUGUUCUGUUUGAGAGCAGAACAGUUCAGCUAGGGAAGCUUUGUUGUACUGGAGUUGAAACUGAGGAUGAUGAAGAUACAGAAUCUACUUCAUCAGUGGAACAAGCAUCAGUAGAAGUCUCUGAUGGACCCACACUCCACGACUCAGAUCUCUAUAUUGAGAUUGUAAAAAAUACAAAGUCUGUCCCAGAAUAUUCAGAGGUGGCUUAUCCUGAUUAUUUUGGUCACAUUCCACCCCCAUUCAAAGAGCCUAUUUUAGAAAGACCUUAUGGUGUACAAAGGACAAAAAUUGCUCAAGAUAUUGAGAGGCUAAUACAUCAGAGUGAUAUCAUAGAUCGAGUGGUGUAUGACUUAGAUAACCCAAAUUACGCCAUUCCAGAAGAAGGAGAUAUUUUGAAGUUUAACUCCAAAUUCGAAUCUGGGAAUCUGCGCAAAGUAAUUCAAAUUAGAAAAAAUGAAUAUGAUCUUAUUUUGAACUCAGAUAUAAAUAGCAAUCAUUAUCACCAGUGGUUUUACUUUGAGGUCAGCGGAAUGCGACUGGGUGUUGCUUACCGGUUUAACAUCAUUAACUGUGAAAAGUCCAACAGUCAAUUUAAUUAUGGUAUGCAACCCCUCAUGUAUUCGGUUCAGGAAGCAUUAAAUGCCAGACCAUGGUGGAUUCGUGUGGGAACUGACAUUUGUUACUAUAAAAAUCACUUCUCAAGAAGUUCAGUUGCUGCAGGUGGGCAAAAAGGAAAAUCGUACUAUACAAUUACAUUCACUGUCAAUUUUCCCCACAAAGAUGAUGUUUGCUACUUUGCUUAUCAUUAUCCAUACACAUAUUCAACUUUACAGAUGCAUCUUCAAAAAUUGGAAUCAGCACACAAUCCUCAGCAAAUCUAUUUUCGAAAAGAUGUGUUAUGUGAAACCCUGUCUGGAAACACCUGUCCGUUGGUGACUAUAACCGCAAUGCCAGAGUCUAAUUAUUAUGAACAUAUCUGUCAAUUCAGAAACCGCCCUUAUGUUUUCUUAUCUGCUCGGGUACAUCCUGGAGAAACUAAUGCGAGUUGGGUAAUGAAGGGAACGUUGGAAUACCUCAUGAGUAAUAAUCCUACAGCCCAGAGCUUACGAGAAUCCUAUAUUUUUAAAAUUGUCCCUAUGCUAAAUCCAGAUGGUGUCAUCAAUGGAAAUCACCGCUGUUCUUUAAGUGGAGAGGAUUUGAAUAGACAAUGGCAAAGUCCAAAUCCAGAUUUACAUCCUACAAUUUACCAUGCUAAGGGGCUGCUACAAUACCUGGCUGCUGUGAAACAUUUACCACUGGUUUAUUGUGAUUAUCAUGGCCAUUCCCGAAAGAAGAAUGUAUUUAUGUAUGGCUGCAGCAUCAAAGAGACAGUAUGGCAUACCAACAAUAAUGCCACUUCAUGUGAUGUUGUGGAAGAUGCAGGAUACAGGACUUUACCUAAGAUACUGAGCCAUAUUGCCCCAGCAUUUUGCAUGAGCAGCUGUAGCUUUGUAGUAGAAAAAUCUAAGGAAUCCACAGCACGUGUUGUAGUUUGGAGGGAGAUAGGAGUACAAAGAAGCUAUACCAUGGAAAGUACUUUAUGUGGCUGCGAUCAGGGAAAAUAUAAGGGUUUACAGAUUGGUACCCGAGAGUUGGAAGAAAUGGGAGCAAAAUUUUGUGUUGGUCUGUUGCGUUUGAAAAGACUAACAUCCCCAUUGGAAUAUAAUCUGCCUUCCGGCCUGCUUGACUUUGAAAAUGACUUGAUUGAAUCAAACUGCAAAGUAACUAGAACCAGGAAUUGUGUCCAGAUUGACUCCAGAAUUCCCCUGUACUUUUGCUGUAUCGUGUAUCUUCCAAGUGAUGAAGCAAAAUUACCACCGAGGAUUGAUUUCAGCUUUUGAGGCUGUCCAGCAUUAUUGGGAAACUUAACUAUUUAGCCUUUUCAUUAUGUAUAAGGAAUGUUUUUAGAUCAAUAGUAAAAUAAAGUCAGUUAGAGUUUAGUGACUUUUUUGAAGGCAGCCUAGUUAUAUUUUUGAUCCAAAAUGUAUCAGUAAAUUAAUAACUUUCUUUCCUUUUUUAACCUCCAAUAGAAAUCCUCUUGUUAGAGAUUCUGUACUCUGUUUGUGGGUAUGUACAUGUGUAGGAAUGUGCAAAUACUUACGUAUACACUGUGGACAAUUAAGACUGACAAAAAUCGUUACUUGUAUUUUCUAUAGAUAAUUUUGUUUGCUUUGAUAUUUAGUAGGUAUGACAUCUCUUAUGAACUGGGAAAUUAUAUAAAUAAAACAUUUUCAAAUAUUUAGGCAAAUAGAGAUUUUUCUUUCACUUGAGACCUGAUAUUUCAAUAUAAAAAAGACAUAAUCAGCAAGUCACAAAUUGCUGCUUAUUUGAGCAAUGAAAUAUUUUUUGUGUUAUCAAUUUCAGAAUUUCUCCCCCAGGAUAUCUUUAUUGUGCUGUCUAAAAACAGGUAGGUUAAGCCUCAAAAUUGUUGAAGAGUACAAGAUUAAAGGAUGGUUCUGAGUUACAAAAGUAAGGCCGUAUUUUUAGUCCUGUUAGCUUGGGGCAGCCCAUUGCGUAUUUUUUAUUAUUAUUAUUAUUUUAAAAAAAUUUUAUUGGAGUUCAAUUUGCCAACAUAUAGCAUAACACCCAGUGCUCAUCCCGCCAAGUGCCCCCUUCAUUGCCCAUCACCCAGUCACCCCAAUCCCCCAUUGCGUAUUUUUAGCCCUAUUAGCUUGGGGGCAGCCCAUUGCCUGGCCUCUUUAGGAAUUGACAAAGAUUAACAUUUUUCUUUAACAAGGUAGGUUUUAUUAAUUUCAUAGUAGCAUUUUAUAUUGAUACAGCUUAAGAAUUUACAAAUGCUUUCACUUUACUAUCUAAUUGGAGCCAAACAACUUGUGAGGUAGUGGAGCUGACAUGGUUAUCUCUCCUUUAAACUUGAGAAAAGCUGGUGUUUGGAGAAAGUGGGUGACUUGCUCAAGAUCAUGCAGCUGGCUAGUGGGAGAGGAGAGGCACAGACACAAUUUCUGACUCCGUAUGUGGUGUUUUGCUUUUUUCAUGCUUGUAGAGGUGACAGAGCUGAAGGUCUUACACCCUGGUGUCUUGGGCAUCAAUUCAGCGCUGUCGCAGGUAGUCGGGCAUACACUGAGGGAGACAGUGGACUUCGUAGGUUUAAUUUUGCGUCGCUUACUAGUUUAACAAAAUGAUAGCCAGAUCACUUUCUGAAUCUGCGUGAAGCAGAGUUUUUUGUCAUCUUUAGAAAAUCAGUUGGGAUUUUAAACCUUUUCUGCAUCAUAAUGACUCCAUACAGCAGAGAAUUUCAACAAAUUCAUCCCGUGAGAAAGCAGUUUGGGCAAAGGUUUUGAUAUUUUUCCUGAAGCAGCCUGAGGACUAAAAUGCUAUUCUCGUUUAGAAUGAAAUGUUUCUUAGUGAUUAAAACCCAUAAGAGAAGGAUGUGAGGGCAGGUAUACAUAGGCUAGCUGUUGGAGAAUGAAGCAAACACAGGGCAGCAGGAGUAAACUUCUCUGAAGAAAAUUAGGGGGGUGAGGAAGUUGUGGGAGGAAAACCAUAGUGAUAGGAAAUAAUUAAGUGCUGAUUAGAGUUUCUUUUUUUGUGAUUGAAUUAUACAUCAAAAGAAAACUUAUUUUAUAACUCUGGGGACAAAGUACCUUAAAGUCUUUCUCUUACCUGGGGGUUACUGUGAGAUAAUGUAUAUGAAGGCCUUUCGUAAGUUGUACAUUGUUCAAAACAGAUGUUGGAAUUAUUAAUGAAAGUAAAGCUGAAUUGCUCUGAUUGGUCUUGUGCCUUAAGUUUUUUUUACAUUAAGUAUAACCAAUGUGUUAAGGUAAUACAAAAAUCAAUGAUCUCAUUGUCCCUGUGGCUUCUCAUAAAGAGUUCAGCAAAGUUUGUUUAGGACCUACAAUGUGUUGAGCACUCUUGGGAGAUGAUAGGAGGUACUGAUACGGGUCAGUCACAGUUCCUGACCGCUAGGUGCUUAUGAGAAGACAGACCCACAAAUAGAUGGUUUCACCUGCAUGGGAGAAGUGGUCAGUCAUGAUGUGCGGGGCCUAAAGGGAAUGCAUAGAAAGAGGUCAUUUAGCCCAAGAUGGGCUUUCAUAAAGGAAGAACACCUGAAGAUGAGACUGAGCUGCAGUUUGAAGGAAAUGUCAGUCACUGGGAGGAAAAAAGGUGGGAAAUCUGCCCUGACCAGAGGAAGCAAUGUCAGUGAAGGUUUAUAAUGUAAAAUGUGAGCCAGGAAGUAAUUCAGAGAUUGAUUGGCCAGACUCCCUUACUGAGAAAUGUGGUUUUCUGACUCAAUGGAUGGUGUUGGGUGAGGAUGAGUGGAUGAGCAGAGCAGGCUCGCUGGGGAGACUGGUGAGUUGCAUUGCAAACAUGCAUUUGGGGAAUCUGAGAGAUUGCCAUGUGAGUCUGUUAGCAAGUGCUGUGUACACAGUGGAACUUCAAGGGCGAAGUCAGGUUAGUAUUUGGAUUUGGAAGUAAUCAGUAUGUAAGCUUACUCAGAGAGAGCUUGUGUAUAAGAGUGGGCCAGGAGAGCAUUUUUUAUAAGCACCUAUUUUUGAGACAUACAAUGGAGGAUGAAGAGCAUGUAAUCAGCAGUGGGGAAGGACAGAGGGGAAUGAAGCACACCAGAAGACAGGAGUAUUGGAAUUUCCACCAGUUAAGUGCAACAACAGAGAGAUCUGGAAGCAAUGGGCUGGAGAGUGGCACCUGGAAAACCAGUCAGAAGGUUGCUUUCAGUGGAGUGAUGAGUGUUGUGAUCUUCUGUUCCCAUGGUCUCGGGAUUCCUGCAACUUUUUGGCCCUAGGCCUACUCACCACUCUUCCCCGCCCCCAAACACACACAGGUUAGCACUGCCUGCUCCUUUGUCCUUGCUGGAUGGGCUCGCUGCAUUUGAGCCAGAGAGUAGACCUUCAUGAGCUGAGGCUGAGAACAUGACUUUGAUAGGACCUGCAGAAACAGGCAUCAAAUAUCAGGGUCAGUGUGGGUGCCAGGAAUGGAAUAGAGUGUGAAACCCUUCCACUCCUGGGCAUCAGGAUGGAUGAUGCCAGAACAUGGAUGAAGUUUGUGUCACAGUCAACAUGUGAAGGAGCCAAGAUCGGAAAUUGACAGGCUCAGAUUAUUUUCUGAACAUUCCUUAUUAUGAGAUUUCUUUUAAAUUGCCAGGAGCGUUGCCUUCCAGGUUGUGCUUUUUUUGACUUAAAAAAAAAAAAAGUGCUUAUCAGUAUCUGAUCCUAGCAUUGCUCCAAGCCUCCUUAAUGUCUAGGAGCUUUUUUGGCUUGAUCCUGGGUAUUUUUGUUGCUUCCAAAUCAUACUACUCCUGUUUCCUCAGCUUAUAAGACUGUUUCCUAGCCUAUAAGACUAAGCUUUUUCUUUAAACCCUUUCUCUUAGUUGAUGUUGAUUAAUGUUCUAGUAUUCAGCUGCCCAUGUAACACUAGGUCCUGUUCUGACCUCAGUACACUGGCUGGGCUUCCUGUAACUGAUCUCCUUUAUACCAGACUAUUUUCGUUGUUGGUUGUGUGGGGUGGGGUGCAGGAGUGGGUUGAAAUCCUGCUUUCCAUAGAUCUGAACAAUGCUUGCCCACCGACCCACUGCAUGGAUUUUUUGUGUGUGCGUUCUCCUACCUAUUGGGAGACUCUGAGAUGUUGUGAGUAACUACACUGCUCUGGUCGUGAUGCCUUCUCGCUGUGGAGUGAACCUCUGCAGUCCUGGCUGGUUUCUCCCAUCCCUGUACCAGCAGGAUGCAUGGCUUUUGAGCAAAUCUGCCCUCUUCCUUGCAUUUCCAUGAUCAUUUCUUCUUGGUGAGACAGUCUCCAGGAAGAAAGUAAGCAAGUUUAUCUCCCUCACUUCUGUCCUCCUUCCUUUGUUCUAGCUGAAGGCUACAUCUAGUCUAAGAGUGUGUUCUAAUAGUACUUUAUGUGUGCUGCGAUUCACUGUUCAGAUAGGUAAUAAACUCUCACAUAGUCCUUCAAGCCACUUAGCUGGCUAAUCGGGACUACUCCAUCACAGCACAAACUCUGAACUUUUAAAGAAGUUUGCUAUAUACGGUCAAGGUGGUUUGGCAAUAUAUUUUUAAUAAGCAAGGUAAAAACAAUUCUAGGAAAAAAGAUAAUCUCACUUAAUGAGUUUUGCUUUCUCUUUUCAGAAAAUGAGAACCGUAUAACCCAUUAACUUGUCUUUCCUGCCUAAACUUCUGGAUAUUUAAACCAAGCUUCAUAUUCAACUCCUUUCAUUCUAGAUGCCUAAUGACAUUUGCUUCUCUGCUCAUUUUAACAGAUUAUUGUUCCCUUUUUAUUGUCUGAUUUUAUAGCUUUUAAUUGCAUUCAUGAUGGGAAAUCCUUUUGGAAGCAGGUGGAAUAUAAACACACAUACAACUGUGUGAAAAUAAGAUAGUUUUGGCCACAAAAUGGGGACACUGAAAUGUUUCCGUAGUGUUUCACUGAUAAUGCUGUGUUGGGUGCACGGGUGCACACGUGUGUGUGUAUAAAAUCUCCCAAAUGGAGAGAAAUCAGAAUACUGUGAUUUUUUUUUUUAAGAGGAAAGAAUAUGUUACCCUGUAGUGGAAAAGUUGUCUUUAUCCCAAACAACCUACCUAAUGAAAUAUUCAGAAGCACUUAGUGCUUUUAAGCAAAUAUCUUAUUCUGUGUCCCAAGGGCAAGUAAUGAAUUGGGUGUGGAGUGUUCACUUGUUUUUCAUUUUUUUUCUUGACCAGUGGAAACUAAGAGGAAGAGUAUAUGGGCUGUUUUAUGGCAAAUAAUCAUUGUAUAGACUUAGAACAAGUGGUCUUAGUGUUUAAAUACCACCAGUUUCUUAUGACGGAUGGAUUAAUAAGAUAAAUAAAAAUAAAGCUUAUUAAAAUGGUCUGUUCCUUUUCAGUGAUUAAGAUAGAACUUUUAACCCUGAAAAUUGAUGAAGCCCUUCAAAAAAGCAACCUAAUAGGGGAGUUUCUUGUAUUUUAUAGCUAUCUAAUUGUAGGGUGUAUGUUGACAGUCUUGUCAUAUAAUUAAUGCUUAGCAUCUCACCAUUUAUGGUCUCAAGUGUUAAAAAUCUCCUAACGUGUUCAUUUGGAUAACAUUUCCUUAAAGCUAAUGUAAACUGCUUACUUUAUUUUGAAAUCAGAGUUAACCCAGUGCGGUCACAUGACCUUAUAUUAGAACCUUAGGAUCUAAUGAAGUCUCGUGUGCUCUAUAUGCUCUGGCCAUAGCCCUACCACUUAUGUUUUGGAUGAAGAUGAGCCUCGAUUCCUUGAAGAAGUGGAUUACAGUGCAGAAAGUAAUGACGACUUAGAUACUGAAUUGGCGGAAAACGCAGGAGAUUAUGAACCUUCUGCUCAGGAAGAAGUA